CCUUCUUUUCCCUGGAGACAGAGGCGGUGAGCAUUAGACUAGUUAGCGUGUUAGCACACGGGUACAUAUAGACUACUGGCUAGGCUGUGAGCACACAGGUACAUGUAGACUGCUGGUUAGCGUGUUAGCACACGGGUACGUAUAGACAGCUGGCUAGUGUGUUAGCACACAGGUGCAUAUAGACUGCUGUGUAGCCUGUUAGCACACAGGUGCAUACAGACUGCUGUGUAGCCUGUUAGCACGCAGGUGCAUAUUAGUCAUUUCCCCAGAGCUGGACUGAGGAUGUUAGCAGCAGAGGCGCUAACAGAGAUGGACAGAUGGGAGAUGCCCAGCUAUGAGCCCCGGCUGCCGGUCACGGAGAAGUCCAACCCUCGAACCCGGGAGCUGGACCGCGCGCGGCCCGAGCAGCUGGUGAGGUCGCUGCGGGACUGCGACUCGGAGAUAUUUCAGCACCUGUGGGGGGGUGGCGCGGGAUACCAGGGAUUGUACAGUGACUCCAUUGUACAGACGAUUGUUCAUGUGGCCAAGAAGGUGGAGGACAUUUUGAAGAAUCCAGAGGGCCGUCUCAUCGUCCUGAGUGGGUGUGGCACCUCAGGACGUCUGGCAUAUCUCUUGGCGACAUCCUUCAACAGACUCCUGACUGGAUUAAAAAAGGAACGGGUCUUGGCUUAUAUUAUUGCUGGAGGUGACAAGGCCCUUCUGACAUCCCAGGAGGCCCCAGAGGAUGACCCCCAACUGGGAGCCCUCAACCUGGAGCAGGUGUGUACUGGUAAAAGCCGUGUCCUCUUCAUUGGAAUAUCCUGUGGACUGUCGGCACCCUUUGUUGCUGGCCAGCUGGACUUCUGUAUGAACCACCUGGAUGUCUUCACACCUGUGCUGCUUGGAUUCAAUCCUGUAGACAUGGCGAGGAACGAGCCCGUCCCUGGCUGGGCUCUGACGUUCCGCGCUGUGGCAGAGAGGAUGCUAGAGAUGCAGAAGACCCACAGAGCCUUCAUCAUUAACCCUGCUGUCGGGCCAGAGCCCAUCAGCGGAUCCUCCAGGAUGAAGGCAGGGAGCACCACCAAGAUCCUCCUGGAGACAUUGCUCUGGAGCGCACACACCAGCACUGCCACACACAGAGAUGUUCUGAAGCUGCUGAAGAACUAUGAACACAUCCACAGAGUGACAUACUCCCAGAGUGAACAGAUAGCUGCGCUGGUGAAGCAAGCCGGAGCAAGCCUGCAGAAGGGAGGACAUGUCUACUACGUGGGCUGGGGCACUUUAGGAGUGAUCGGGAUUAUUGAUGCCAGUGAAUGUGUUCCAACAUUUGGAGCAGAGGCUGGUGAUAUCUGUGGGUUCAUCAGUGAGGGCUACACUGCAAUGGGGAACACAGAGGGAGACAUGACAUCCCUGGGGCCAGAAUUCUGCAUCGGACACAAAGACUUUGUGAGCGCCAUCUUACCAAAUGUGAGGGAAUCAGACUCUGUCAUCUUCAUGUUUACAUUGGCUGAUGAUCUGGAUGCGGUUGGAGACCUGGCUCUUUGCGUGAAACAGAAGACCUCGAACCUCCAUGCUGUGGCCCACGCUUUUGGCGCAUACGGUGUUCCGAAAGAAUAUGAAGGGAUGCCGCAGCACCUGACACCAUCCGAGGACCGGAUCAACAGAGUGUUUGCUUCCAUUUUGACCAUCACCUGGCCCAGAGCAUCCGAAGAGGAGAGUUCAUUCCUCAUGACACUGCAGGUGGAGUUGGCCACUAAGUGGGUGCUGAAUGCUGUCAGCACUGGAGCUCACAUCCUGAAGGGUAAAGUCUACAGGAACUACAUGAUGGACCUGAAAGUGACCAACAGCAAGCUGUUCAGAAGGGCAGUGUCCCUGCUACAGAUGUUCUCAGGCUGUGCUGCUGAACUCUGCCAUGGGGCCCUGAUCCGGGCUGUCUACAGCACAGACCAGCCCACGGAGGAGAUGAGCACUGCCUCACUCACUGAGCAUGCCCAGACCGCCAACACUUGCAGCAAGGUUGUCCCCACGGCGCUCAUGAUGCUGAGGUGGAAGUGUUCAGUGCGGGAGGCGAGGGCACGCCUCCAGGGUCACAUGAUCAUCAGAGACGCAGUGGAGUCCUGCCUCACCGCCUGAACACCGCAACCUGAACACCCAACACACACUACUGCAGCCUGAACACCCAACACACAUUCAGGGCUCAAACUGUCUCUCCCCAUGAUUACAGCACACAGCCACAACACAGCGCUCAAACUGUCUCUCCCCAUGAUUACAGCACACAGCCACAACACAGCGCUCAAACUGUCUCUCCCCAUGAUUACAGCACACAGCCAUAACACAGGGCUCAAACUGCUCUCUUCUUCUGUUGAGUCACCUGCUUUUUGUUAGGAAAC